GAAAACACGUUACGAGUAGGCCUAUAAGUGGUGUAGAUCCCGAUAUUUACACAUUUUCUCGGGAACAGAAAUAAGGAACUAAUUAUUCCGAGGACAAAUAGGAAGCAUAAUAUAGAAGAAAAUCCCUAAAAUGAAUUGGGUUGGAGGAGUAAGGCGUCGUAUCCUGUUGAAGGAGGAGGAACAGAGACGGCAGGAACAGUUUUUUGCAGUUCAGGCUUCAUCCAAGAUAAGAAACAGUGGCAGGAAGACUUUACAUAAGGCAGAAAGGGAGAAUACUAAUGCAAAGGCUGUGGUACACAUAAAAUCUAGGUCAAACUACCACCAAUGGAAAAAUGAACAGGUCAUAUACCAUCGUCUUCGGCAAGGUGUACCACCUUCACAUUUAAAACACCAGGAGCAAUCGUCAGAAUUCACACCUGGGAUUCCUGUAACUGGCAGAAAUAGGACUGAAAAGCAAGACCUGGGUGCUGCUGUGUCAGAUGGUUUUACAGGCGAAAAGAGUGGUUCCAUAAAGAUCAAUCCUGCAUCCAUUCACUGUCCAUUUUCUAAAUACUUAUUACAGCUUGAGGUUCAAGGCAUUGAGAACAAGUUAAAAGAGCAUAACAAGAGAAGGACUGAAGCUAAAAUGCUAGAUAAGUCCAUAAAAGGUCAGACUGAACUUAAUGUGAGCAUUGGGAAGGAAGAAAGAGAUAAGGAUAAAAGAGAUAAAGAGCUGAAUACAGGUAAGAAAAGAAGGCAGCAAACUAUCAGCAUUCAGGAAAAUGUUUAUCAUAGUUUUCCUUGCCACAGAAAAAAAUCUGAGAAUCAGAUAUUUAUGGAUGACUCAAACCACCAGAAAUAUGAAAAUGAGAAAAUGAAUGAAUUUUUUUUACAAAAUGGAAGCAGGAAGAUAGAUCAGCAUAUAUAUUUGUGUUCUCAAAAGGAUAAAUGUUUAAGUAUUAAAGCCUGUAGCAAGGCUGUAGGAAGGAAAAAUAUUAGUGGUAUCAAAGAUUGGAAAAACAUUCACAGAAAAGGAAAGCUUAUUGCUAGUUCAAGUUGUGCUAAUGGAUGGAGAGGAAGUAAGUUGGCUAGCACUGACAAGAGGAAAAUUAUGAGUGAGGUAAAAAAAAAGGAACCAAAUUCUGUACCAAGCUUGCAAAAUGGUGCACCACAUUUACGACAUAUGUUGACUCUUAGUCCAGCUUGUCACAAAGGACAAAUAUGGGUACCUUUAAAAUUACUACACCAAUACAUUGACACAAACAUUUCUGGUAGAGCAUUCAGUCAAGAUGAUGAAGAAGCAGGUAAAGUCUCACAUUUCAAGACAAAAAGUAAUGAGAGCAUCCAGUGUCAUGAAAAUGAGAGUAAUUGUAUAUCAAUUUUGUCUCAAAAGCACCAAGAAAACCACAGGACAUCAGAUACAAACAAAGAAGAGGAAAACCAUAUGAAAAUGCUCAUAAGGAAAUGUACAAAGCUAAUGCCAGAGGAGUUGUCACAUAGUGCAGAGUCAACUAUAGAAAUUAGUAAACAAGUACAGCAGUGUAAUCCUACAUUUGGUAAGCAAGAAAAAGGCCUGGAAUCCUUCAAAUUACACCCUAGACUAAUCACAUACAUAACUGAUGAAAAUAACAAACAGUUUUCAGGCAAAAAAAAGAACCUAGAUCAUGAAGAUUUUUCUGCUUGCACCAAAAAAAAUCAGAAGAGAGAACUACACUAUAUUUAUAAGGAUAAUACUAUUUUAUCUGCUGAAGAACCACAGAAAACACCAACUCCUACCAGAGGUAGGCUUAGACUCAGUGAUUUCACUCGUAAAGUGUAUGAGGUUGAAAGUGGUUUGAGCUUUGCCCGAAAUAGGAAAGACAAGACACCAUACCUAGAUAAAUCUAUUCCUACACCUUGGAGAUCCCAGACCUGUGCACAAACCCCAGGAGGAAGCAGUGGAAAAUCAUCCACCAGAACUCCAACAGAUCCUGUUUUUGACAGAUCCUUGGAAUACCCCUUUGAGACAGAGGGAGACUCUGAAGCAUGUAAAGUAAGUGAAGAGAACAUUAGCAUUGCUAAGAGCCAAGAUAAAGCAACUUGUGAGGCAGCCCAUGACAUUCCAGCAAACAGCAAAAAUGUUUAUGUAACUGUUACAACUUUGGAAUCAGGAUUACGUCAUCAUACUCGACAGUCAGUCAGACCGAAGGCAGUGUGAUGUUACUUCAC